UUAAGGUGGCCCUCUUGUUGAAAAUAGCUAAAAUAUAAAAAAUUGUUCUCAAAAUUUACUUUGAGAUUUAGCAGCCUGUCAAACGUGAAACCUUUAAACUUGCAUGCCUGGGUGGCCUAUUGGUUUAGGUGCUCAAUAAUCUUACACUUGAUACAUUCUGAGUUCAAGUGCAAUAUUUUCCCAAUCUAUUUUUUUUUUUUUGUCCGUCCGUCCGGGGUCAUGUUUUCUGGAUUUUUUUCCAUAACGCAUACAUGUACAACUUUGAAAUUUGGUCACAAUUUCUCCCUCAAGAAUUGUAAGAGUGAGCUUGCAUUUCAGCUGGAUUGGUCCAUCCUUGACCUACUCUAGGGCUAUAAGUAGGUCAAACAGUUUUCCGGACUUUAUUCUCCUUACAGAUACAGAUAUUGCCCUGAAAUUUACACAUAAGCUUCCUUUCAGAGGAAUACAUUUUCAGUUUGCAUUUCAGCUGGAUUGGUCCGUCCGUCCGUGACCUACAUUAGGACUAAAAGUACUAAAACAGUUUUCUGGACAUUUUUUCAUUGGAUACAGAUAUUGCCCUAAAAUUUAGUCACAGGCUUCCUCUUGGGGGAUUACAAGUUCAUUUUGAAUUUCAGCUGGAUUGGGCCGUCCCUGACCUACUUUUGGGGUUAAAAUAGGUCAAGCAGUUUUCUGGACUUUUUUCAUUACGAAUACAGAUAUUGUGCUGAAAUUUAGUCACAGGCCUCCUCUCAGAGGAAUACAAGUUCAGUUUGUAUUUCAGCUGGAUUGGUCCAUCCUUGACUUACUUUUGAGCUAAAAAUAGGUCAAACAGUUACAGUUUUCCGGGCUUUUUUCAUUAUGGAUACAGAUACUGCCCUGAUAUUUAGUCAAAGGUUUCCUCUCGGAGGAAUACAAGUUCAGUUUGCAUUUCAGCUGGAUUGGCGCAUUAUGACCUACAGUACUAUAGGGGUAGAAUUAGUCACAACCUCCUCUCAGAGAAAUACAUAAUACAUCACAUUUCAAACAUUUCAACUUAAUUGGUGCACCAUGACCUACUUUAGGGCUAAAAGUAGAUCAAAUGGUUUCCUGAACUUAUUAUCAUCAUAGAUAUAGAUAUUGCACUGACAUUUUGUCACAUUACCUCAAUCUCAGAGAAACACAUAAUCAGUUCACAUGUCAGAUGGAUUGGUGCACCAUGACCCACUUUAAGGCUUUUCUAUUUAGAAUGUAUGUUGUAUCAAUUCAGAGUGCACAGUCAAUAUGCUUCCAGGUUGAAUUUCACUGUCUGACAGGCGUAUAUUGUACCGUUUGAGGUACUCUUGUUUUGGGUCAUUUUAUUGUGUGUGUGUGUAUAAAUUGGAUACAUAAUGAUUUAUUUUAACAAAUAUUAGUAAUUUUCAUCAUAACUUCCAAUAUUUGCAAGUUACGACUUAAAGAAAAGGAAUUUAUUCUGAGAUCACUGCAUGUAGUUCCGUUUGUUUACACUAACCUGUUCCUGUGUGCACAGGAUUUUCAAACCGUAAUGUGUCUGACAAAAAGCUAAACAAAUACUACAAGAAAAGGGGCACAAAUGCACAGCAUGUAAAUAAGUAAAAAUAGGUCAAGGGAGGAAAAUAGCUGUUAUACAGUUUGACUUCUCAAAAGUAAAUAUAAAAACUAUAAAAACUUGUGUAGCAACUGUCAUAUGAUAUUUAGGCAAAACUAAACACUCAAAUUAUCAAUCAAAGGCAAAUGAACUGAUGAAAUCUAUAAAAGGUGCUGCAGCCCUGUAAAAAAAAACAACUGUGAGCUAAUUAAUGCGAUAUGUAAAAGGGUUGUUGUGUGACAUGAAUGCACCUAUGAAAAUAUUGUACUGUUCAUCAUUCCAUAUAGGAACAUUGUUUAUUGAUUAAAGAAGAACUCGUAUAAAUGUCAGUAAUGCUAAACUGUGGCAGUUAUUUAUCUUGGUUAAUGAAACAUUAAAUCAUUGACCUUAUAUUUAAAACUAACACGCCUGCAGUCUAUUAUUGCAAACCGAUGUUUUCCCUGUAGAUUUCUGAGUCGGCCGUUUUGUCAGCAAAAGCGCUUUACCUCUUUGCACUAUUGUUUAUGUUAGCACUCUUUAGUUAUAAGUCACUUUCUGCCUAAUGUUAGAGGGCCUGUAGUAAGUGUUUACAGUUUAGCAUUUUAGCGGUAUCUAUAUAUUGGCUAUGAAUGAACUUCAGUCAAGCUUCACCUGAAGGAAAACGGGUCAAAAACCUGCAUGUAUAGUAUACAUUCCAUAUAUUAUGCACCCCUUCUCAUAAAAGAAAAUCUUUAAAAAAGUGUGCAUUAUAUUCGGCAAAAUACGGUAACUGAUUUUGAAAAUGGUCAAAAAAAAGUUUAGGGUCGGGGGUAAAAACUAGGGAUGGUCAGGUAACUGGAACCACACAUAUUUUUUUAUUUGGCCUAACCAUAUAUUCAUUUUUCAAGUAUGUUGUUAAGGAUAACAGUAAUAAAUGUAAUUUAGAAUUAGGCUAAAUCUUGCAUUUGAUUACUUGUAGAUAUUUAUUGUGUUUUCUACUGCCUGAUAAAUUUACAUGCGUUUUUGCACAGGUGCUUUUCUAUUGUCCAAGUUCAGGUGGUAAAUAGAAAGAUAAAUAAAUUCAGAGUUACAAUCCUUUUCAAUUCAAACCUGUAUUAUCUAUUUUUUACUCAGCUAGAUCAUAGCCAAGUUCACUUAGCUCUGUCCUACCAUGUGUCUUGGAUUUUACAAUACCUUGCUGAGAUUCAUUCCCCUGUAAGUCAGUGACAAUCACAUGUUAAAUGUCAUCAGUUUCAUAAAUGCAUCACUGAAAACCUAUGAUGUCUAACAACAUUCAAGAAUGUGUUGUACUUUCUAAAUUGUGUUAUAAAAUUGCAGGUAAAUAUGAAUGCAGUUCUUAGCAAGGAAUUGCCUCACUCAACAAAACAAAGAGUGAUGAUGAAUAUGGCUGCAGUGGACUACUGCACAGUGCUGCCAUUGUGGGACUUUGAUAAAGACCCAGCAACAGUUGUAGAUUAUUAUUUUGGACAAGAACCAAGCUCACAAACAGAUGUUAAAAAUGAUGAGAGUGGACCCCAGCUUUGUCAAGAUAUCAAUCCAAGGAACUCCCUGCAGCUGACCAGGGUGGAAGGAGAGGAGGUUUGUUCCAUGACCUUAACAUGCAAACCUCAGUAUCAUAUCAGUAUCUGUGGUCUGCAUGUGUACAGUCAGGCCAGACUGAUGGAGAUCUAUGAUGCCAGUGAAGGGUACCUAAAGACAGUGAGGGGCCAGAGAAUGAGAGUUACUGAGGAUGAAGAAGGGGGAGAGGAGUCAGAGAUAGUGAACAGGUGUAGGACCUCAUUGGAUACUUGUUAUGGAUUAACCAUCAAGUUCCCAAGAGUUGAAGAGGUCAAUUUCUUAAAGAUCUACAAGAUAGUCUUCAUUCUUCAUCCAGAACCAGAGGAUGAAUACAAUUCAAAAGGGAAUCAGUUGGGACAAAUAAAUAUGUCAAAGGUCAAGAGUUACGUUACUAAUCUUGGAGACAACAUUCCAGAGGGAGCAAGGGGGCUGAUGCAGUCAAUGGAACUGUUUCAGGAGAACCAGAGAGCAUCAAUGUCUGGGUUCCACAGUUUUCUUGGCCAGAAGCCACCAUCUGCAGGAUCACCCAUGGGAAUGAUGGGAUUAAUGUCUGUGCUAUCUCAAAUGGGAAUUGGGUCCAAUCAACUACCUGUACAUGCAAACACGCAAUCAAAAUUAAGUAGUUCAUCCGAACAAAGAACUCCUGAUCAGCCAAGUAAUACAAAAGACAGAGACUCAUCAGAUGUGUUUUCCAUGUUGCACAACAUUUGUGAUAAAGUCUCUGAAAUGCGAGAGGAGGAAAAAAGAACAGCUCAGGAGGCAGAUAAGAAUAAGAUGGAGGAAAGUGGAACAGCCACUGAAGAAAGACCACAGUUAGUGGACAGCACUGUAGGGAAUUCUACUGAUGCAAAUCCUCCAGAGGAACUAAGAAAUGAAGACGGAGAAGUUUCCACUGAACCUCCCAAGUCAUUGGACAUCAAGUUAGAAGCCCUUGAGCAAAGACUUAUGUGUCAUUUAGAUUUAAAAGUUACUGAGAUGGAAAAGCGGGUCAAUGCCAAGCUUGAUGAGAUCUUGUACUUACUACAGAGAAAUUCUGCUGUUAAUACCGGAUCCUGACAAAGCUGAACCAGAAUAUGAUAUGAGGGCGAGUCAAUAAGUAACUAGCCUAACUUAUUUCCGGUUGAGAUCCACCUCUUCUUUUUCAAUGUAAUUGCCAUCUAGUGUGAUGCACUUAGACCAACGGUGUUGAAGUGCCAUCAUUAUUGACUCGCCCUCGUAUAUAAACAGAGAAAUUCUGCUGUUAAUACUGAAUGCCGACAAAGCUGAACCAGAAUAUAAGAGAGAAAUUCUGCUAAGCUGAACCAGAAUCAGAUAUAGCAGAACUAAUUUGUAGGCACUUUCAUAGUGAAUGAGCUCAUAUUGAAUACUUGUUUAUCAUUACUAGGUAUUAUGAAUUCUGAUUGAAAAAUUGGAUGUUAUCUAUCUACAGGUAGUUUGAAUUUAUAUUCAUUUUAAAAGUCAAAUCAGAAAGCUCAUCUGGAAUACUUAAUUUUUGCCUGUCGAAUAUUGCAACUUAAUACAUUUGCACAACAUGAUGAGAGGAAGAUGCCUAUUGUUUUUAAGGUCAGAAGUCAAAGGUCAAGGUUGUAGUAUUACUUAGUAGGAAAACCUUGUAGGCAAGAUACAAACCGAACCAUAAGCUCCAGGAUAUUGCAACUUGGUAAUUCGAUCACUAGAUAAGAGGGAGAUGCCUAUUGUUUUUCAAGGUUAUAGGUCAAAGGUCAAGGUUGCAGUAUCACUUAGUUGGAAAACCUUGUAGGCAGGAUACAAACCGUAUUAUGGUAUGGUGUUGUCCAUCCGUCUGUUCGGACCUUGUGGGCAGGAUACAGACCGAGCUGUAAGCUAUAGGAUUUUACAACUUGGUACAUUUUAUCACCAUGAUGAGAGGAAUAUGCCUAUUGUUUUUCAAGGUCAAGGUCGUAGUAUCACUUGGUAGGAAAACCUAGUAGGAAACCUUUGUGGGCAGGAUACAAACUGAACCGUAAACUCCAGGAUAUUACAUCUUGGUAUAUUUGAUCACCAUGAUGAGAGGAAGAUGCCUACAGUUUUUUAAGGUCAGAAGUCAAAGGUAAAGGUCAUAGUACUUAGUAGGAAAACCUUGUAGGCAGGAUACAAACUGAACCGUGAGCUCCAGAAUAUUGCAACUUAAUACAUUUGAUCAUCAUGAUGAGAGGAAGAUGCCUAUUUUUUUCAAGGUCAGAAGUCAAAGGUCAAGGUUGUAGUAUUACUUAGUAGGAAAACCUUGUAGGCAAGAUACAAACUGAAUCAUAAGCUCCAGGAUAUUACAACUUGGUAUAUUCGAUCACUAGAUAAGAGGAAGAUGCCUAUUGUUUUUCAAGGUUAUAGGUCAAAGGUCAAGGUUGCAGUAUCACUUAGUUGGAAAACCUUGUAGGCAGGAUACAAACCGAACUGUAAGCUCCAGGAUAUUGAAACUUGGUACAUUUGAUCACCAUGAUAAGAGGAAGAUGCCUAUUAUUUUUCAAGGUCAAAGGUCACAGUAUCACUUAGUGGGAAAACCUUGUAGGCAGUAUACAAACUGAACUGUUGGGGCUAGGACCAUUCAACUUUGUACACAUACACUUUAUGCCAAGUGGAGGAUGCCUAUUGUUUCUCAAGGUCGUAGUAGCAGGUUGCAGACCAAUUUGUUGGGGCAAGGACCUUUAACUUGGUACAUAUACAUCUUAUGCCAAGUGAAAAUAUUACAUAGAGAGUACAUGAUUUGUCAUGUUUUUUCAAUACAAAGAAAGUAUGUCACACCCUGAUGAUUGCUGAUACUAUUUGAAGCCAAGUUCUAUAAAUCAUGGUGUAAGAAAAACACCCUAUAUUAGCUUUUCACGUGCUUAUUAUGUACCAUUGGUGGUACUCUUGUUCUUUUUUGGAAAGGUAAUAAAUAUACUAUGUAAUGGGUAUUUUGUUUAGUUCUUCCUAUAAUUUUAAAAUUGAAGUUUUUUUUAAUGAAAUAUGUAUUCUUAAAGCUAUGUGUCUGGUUAUCAAAUAUUAUAUUUUAGAAUAUGAUUUAUAAUUUAUUUCUACAGUGUAUAAAAUGUUUUAGUUGCUUUAGUGUCUUAGAUGGUCUUGGUUGAAUUGAUACUAAUUACAUACAAAAUAUAAUAAUCCCUAACCAAAGACGUGUGUUGCUAUGACAAUAAUAUGUUUUGGACAUGAUAUCAAGAUGUAGAUGUAAUUUUGACUGAUAUGACUUGCCCAUAAUUGUGAAUUUUGUCUUGACAUUUAUAUGUAAAUAUGUUUUGAAAUAUUAAUUUCCUCUUAAUAAAAAUUAAAGAACCUA